GCUCGUUUGAGGACGAUGGCAAGCGUUCCAACCUGUGAAUAUAGGUCAUGCUCUGUGGUCAUCUGAGACUGCACUGUAGUCAAGACACAGUCCCACAGAUUAAAGAGUUUCAUCUUGCGCAAGUUAAUCUUGAAAUCUUGACUAUUAGCUUGCUGCAGAUAGAUGCCCCGGAAUGAUUGAGUCACGCACUUGCUGCGUACAGAACCAUGCGAAGCAGGCCUUUGAGGUGAUGAAUGACCUCCGUCGCCAGGAGCAACUGUGUGACAUCGUACUCUGCAUCGAUGGAGCAAAGUUCACGGCGCACAAGAUCGUUGUUGCCGGGUGUAGCCCGUACCUCCGGGCGAUGUUUACCAACGGCAUGCUGGAGACGGAGCAGUCGGUGGUGGAGAUUCAGGGUAUUGAGACGACCACCAUGGGCCUGCUGCUCGAGUUCAUGUACACCAGUACGAUUGAGAUCAACGUCGAGAAUGUGCAGUCCAUUCUGCAGGGAGCCAGUCUGCUAGGGCUGCAGGCUCUGCGCACAAUCUGCUCACACUUCCUAGAAUCACAGCUUGUAGCAUCCAACUGUCUAGGUAUCUACUAUUUUGCCGACAUGUAUGCAUGUACAGAACUAAAAGCCUUGGCUCGUCAAUUCAUCUAUCAGAAUUUCUUGGAAGUUGUUCGGACAGAAGAGUUUUUCGAACUACCGGAAGAUCGUUUAAUAAAUCUGUUGAAAAGUGACAAACUGCAGGUGAUGACAGAGACGCAGGUGUUUGAGGCGGCCUGCUCCUGGCUGCAGUGGGACCCCGUGCAGCGCCUCGACAAGGCCUGUGUCAUCCUCCAGAACAUCCGACUGCCGCUUCUCGACCGCUCCUACUUGGAGACUGUGGUUCUCAAAUCAGAGUUCUUUCGGACGUGUGCCAAGUGCCAGCUGUUGAUCAGCAAAGCUAUUCGAACACAGCAUGACUGUAACCUCGUUCAGCUGGUGCCCAACCGUGCACAGCCACCCUGCAUCUACGUGAUGGGCGGCCGCAACAGUUCAGACUGCCAGCUCAAGAGUGUCGAGCGAUAUGACUUUCUCCUAGACCAGUGGAAAUCUAUGCCGAGUAUGAACAUUGCUAGGACCGCGGUGGGAGCGACAUCGUUUGACGGGAUGUUGUACACAGUAGGGGGAGAGUGUGCUCUGGCCGACACGCAGGAAGACACGCUGUAUCUCCGGUGUGUUGAGUGCUAUGACCCGGUUCACCAGCAGUGGAUACCCAAGUCAGAGAUGAAGGUCGCCAGGUCAUUUGUGUCCGUCGCCGUCAUUGGGGGAUAUCUUUAUGCAAUAGGUGGUGAAGAUAGAUCGUGUAGCUACAACAUUGUGGAGCGUUACGACCCUAAGACGGACGCGUGGAUUUUUGCCGCGAGUAUGAAGAGAAAGAGAGCGGGAGCUGGAAUCUCUGUUUGUGAUGGGAAAAUCUAUGUUGCAGGUGGCUAUGACAAGAUUCUGCACAUGGAUCGCGCCAGCGUUGAAUGUUUUGAUCCCGAUACGCAGGAAUGGAGUUUUGUAGCUGAGAUGGAGAAGGCCAGAUCUGGUUUAGCACUUGUCACAAUCGACCACUACCUGUUCGCUUUUGGAGGCCGUUUUAGACACACAGAUCAGUAUUUCAAUGUAGUAGAGAGGUUCAACACACUGACUAGACAGUGGACAACAAUAACUCCAAUGAACACACCACGUGCCUGGCCUGGUGUUGCCAUUUUCGAUGGCAGAAUUUAUGUGGUUGGAGGGUUCGAUGGUCAGAGUCGGUUACGCAGUGCAGAGGUCUACGACCCUGAUGCUGACCAGUGGACAGUUCUCAAUAGCAUGUUGGUCAGUCGGGCAGGCUGUGGUGCUGGCGUGGUCUGACACUUCUGUGAUAAUUUCAAACCCUGAGUUUCAUUACAGACGAGAAAAUGUAGGGUUUUUUUCUCAUGCAAUACAUAAUACCAGCAGAUUCCAUUGCCUCUGGUUUGUUGAAACUCAGCUGAUUUCCGCUGAUGUUGUUGACAUGAUUAUUACAUGCCUUCCAACAAUCGGCUCUAGGAGAAUUAUUUCAGACUGUUUUCAUUUCACAUUUUUAAGGCUACUUUCCUUUGAAACAUACAGUAGAUGAAAUGUUAGAUAAAGAUAUAUAAAACUAAUAAAAUAAUAUACCGGUAUUAAUUAACAUUGUUAAAAUAUUAAAUUGCUUCAUCAGCUGCUGUGAUUUGUUUAAAGCUAAAGAUGGGAUGUAGUUCUAUGGUAGAGGGCUUACGUGAGAUGCAAAGGGUCAUUGAAUUGAUGGAUUUGUCUCAUCCCUACCAGUACUCCUCUACUGAUACAUCAAAGACCAUACUGGCCUGUCUAUUGCAAAAUGCAUGUAAAAGAUCUUCUGUUGCUUUUCAAUGGGAGUAGCCUAUGUCGUGGCAUUGGCUGUCUUCUCUAUCUCACUGUGUCUCUCUAUAUGUCUCCCACUCUCUCUCUCUCUCUCUCUCUCUCUCUCUCCAUUGUUUAAUUGGCAUAAUUACAGGGAUAUGGGUUUUUCACCUUUUUAUUUGAUUUCAGCUUAUUUUGUAUAAAAUAUUUUUCACGAAGUAGAUGAGAUUUUUUCUGAAAUGCUGAGAAUUGACCUGUAAUUAGGCAUAGUUUAGAGGUUUCGGCUUUUUAAAGAUCAUUUCAGAUUUUAUUUUUAAAUAGGUAUCACAUCCAUGGAAUUAAUUGACGUUUUUAACAGAUUUUGUGUACUGCAUAAUUAUGCAAUUUUAAAUUAUUUCCCUGUAUUGUUCACUGAAGCUAUACAUAGCCUACAAUGUACAUAAUUUCUGAUAGUUCUUUACAUGAAUAUGUUCAACAUAUAUUGUGUCCUUUUUUAUCCUGUUACUUUAAGUUCAGUAAUAUGACUAAGGGUAAUACCUUUGUGAUAUGUUUUAUGCAGAGAUUUCAUAACAUUCCAUACUUGUCCUUAUUUUAUGUGUGUGAAGAGGUCCUCGGUUAACAGGAACGUGUUUUGACACAGCUGGUUUUUACAUAGCAGGCAAACACCAUUCCCUUCAGCUUUGUACAUCAGGCUUAAGUAACUGGGAUGUCUAGACUUGAGGCAUUAAUAAUAUGUUGUCCAUACAAAUAACAGAUAGAGCGAGACAGACAGAGAGAGAGGGAGUGAGAAAAUGGUCAGAGAGACAGACAGAAUGAGAGAGAGGGAGUGAGAAAAUGGUCAGAGAGACAGACAGAAUGAGAGAGAGGGAGUGAGAGAUUAACAGAGAGAGAGAGAGAAUGAAUGAAUGAAUAUUUUGAGUGUGGACUCAGGUUCUAUGCUUAUACAACUUUAAUGUCUGAAGGUUUAAGUCUGAAAAUCUUAAUAUCAUGACAGUACCAUAUAAAUUGCAUAAUUUCAGAUUUGACUAAAGUCUGGAUUUUAAAAGAUAAGGCUUAUAACUUGAAGCUGACAUCCCACACGAUUCAGCAAUGCAUGGCAUACCAGUAUACAAUCUGUACGAUCUAGUUAACAUUAAUCUUUGAAUCAUGCCACCCUUUAACGUUAUUUUAAUAACAAUAUGAUGUUAUAUCUAUCCAUGCUAAGUUUGGUCCAGAUUACAACAAAAGUAUGUCAUAAAUCUGAAACAUUAUGCUUAUGCUAGGUCAGGAGUAAAAAUUACAAAUGGUUUGUGUUACAUAUAUCUAACUUUUUAGUAUAAUAACUUUCUAACAACGAGUUAAAGUUCGUGGGCCACAUUUACAUAGCCUGGUGUAGACUUGCUCUUGUAAGUACAUACAUUUCCAUACACCUGCGUUUAAGAAAAACAGGCUUUGUAAAUUGGCCCCCUGUGUGUUUGCUAAUAUUUAAUGUCUUAAGUUUAGAUACUUCAGUUUGUAAGCACAUGCCAUAAUCAGGUCUCACAACAGAACAAAUUUCGCUUUAGCCAAUUUUAAGAUAUGUAGAGAGUUUCCUUGACAAUUACUAAAAUGUGGUUAAUUUAAGGAAUAUUUAUUACCCAAAGACUAAAUCUUGUAGCCAAUUUAUUUUUAAAAAUUGCAAUGAGCUAGUUUGGUAGUGCACAGUGUGAGGCCAACCUAAUGUGUUUUUUGUUUUGAAACAACGAGUUGUGAGAUAAAUGGUAUCUAACAGACACAAAUGUAUUAUUCUAAUUCUUAUAUAUCUUCAAACUUAUUUUGUAUUUUUUUUUUUUUUUUUUUAAAGAACUCGUCUAAUCACAGAUUAUUUUUUAUUCGCCAAAUCAGUUUAUGGUAGCAAGAUAUUUAAUUACUCUGGUUUCUAGUUCAACUUUAUUGCUUUCUAAUUCUGUAUCCCAGUCCUACCCAUUUGUCCCCAAGGCCUUGCUACAGUGUGUUCGGAUGUGAAUUCCAGUGCAUAAACUGAUACAGCCUCUUUUCUUUAAAGACCGGCGUCGUGGUAGGCCAUCGGUCUACAGGCUGGUAGGUACUGGGUUCGGAUCCCAGUCGAGGCAUGGGAUUUUUAAUCCA